UACGGGAAGUUAUCUGGGUCCUCUCCGAAAUUCCGCCGUUUCACUAGAAAAGGCAAAAUCGCGACGAUCGGCGGAGACAGAGAAGGGCGCGAUCGAUCACUGGCCGGAGAGUGUGUGUUCGUGGUCUGGUUCCCCCGGUGUCCGCGCGUUGUACAUCCUGUUCGAUUCUCGGCAUUGUCAGUUUUGUUUCUCCUCUCUGACUCUUACUGGUUAACGAGAGAUGGAUUUGGCUUCCCGUUACAAGGGGGUUGUAGGGCAGUUCUUCAGCAACGAUAAUCCAUCCUCUAAUGAGGACGGUUACAUUCAACGCGUGCUUGAUCGUGUGAGUAAUGGUACCUUACCAGAGGAUAGGAGGACUGCUAUUACAGAACUUAUGUCUGUUGUAGCAGAAAGCCAUGCUGCUCAAUUAGCUUUUGGAGCUUCUGGUUUUCCAGUGAUACUGGGCAUCUUAAAGGAAGAACGAGAUGAUGUUGAAAUGGUUCGAGGUGCACUAGAAACUCUAGUUAGUGCUCUCACUCCAAUUGAUCAUGUUAAGGCUCAGAAGACUGAAGUUCAUCCAGCUCUCAUGAACUCUGAUUUGCUUUCCCGAGAAGCUGAAAACAUCACCCUUCUCUUGAGCUUGCUGGAAGAAGAAGACUUCUAUGUCCGAUAUCACACGCUUCAGAUUUUGACUGCUCUUCUUAUGAACUCUCCAAACAGGUUACAGGAAGCUAUUUUGACCAUCCCGCGUGGUAUAACUCUUCUUAUGGAUAUGCUUAUGGACAGGGAGGUAAUCCGGAAUGAGGCUUUGUUGCUUCUGAGUCACUUGACACGUGAAGCAGAGGAGAUCCAAAAAAUUAUUGUCUUCGAAGGUGCAUUUGAAAAGUUAUUUAGUAUUAUCAGAGAGGAAGGAGGUUCAGAUGGUGGCGUUGUCGUGCAGGAUUGUCUAGAGUUAUUGAAUAAUCUUCUGCGCAACAAUUCAUCAAACCAGGUUUCUGACUUCUGUAUAUUACUAAGGGAGACCACUGGUUUUGACCCCAUCGUUUCAAUUCUGAAACUGCGUGGAAUUACAUAUAAGUUCACCCAGCAAAAGACUGUUAAUCUACUCAGUGCACUGGAGACAUUUAGAUUACUGAUUAUGGGAGGUUCAGAUACUGACCCUGGAAAAGAUGCGAACAAGCUGACAAACAGAACAGUUUUAGUUCAGAAAAAAUUGUUGGACCACCUACUUAUGUUGGGUGUUGAAAGCCAAUGGGCUCCAGUUGCUGUUCGUUGCAUGGCAUUUAGAUGCACUGGAGAUCUAAUUUAUGGACACCCCAAGAACCGUGAUGUCCUUGCUAGCAAAGUUCUUGGUGAGGAUCGGCAAAUAGAACCUGCUCUCAAUUCUAUCCUCCGGAUCAUUUUAAGAACUUCUAGUCUGCAAGAGUUUGUAGCUGCUGAUUAUGUUUUCAAGACUUUCUGCGAGAAAAAUCCAGAUGGCCAAACAAUGCUAGCUUCAACUUUAAUACCACAACCACAUUCGGCUGCCCGGGAUCCUCUUGAAGAUGAUGUUAAUAACAUGUCAUUCGGAAGUAUGCUAUUACAUGGUAUUUGUUCGGGUGAAACUGAUGGCGAUCUUGAGACAUGUUGCAGAGCUGCUAGCGUGCUUUCUCAUGUUCUGAAGGACAACAUCCAAUGCAAGGAGAAGGCCCUAAAAAUCGCGCUUGAAUCAUCUAUGCCUUCCUUCGGAGCUCCGGAGCCUCUAAUGCACAGGACUGUUAGAUACCUGGCCGUAGCCUCGUCCAUGAAAACCAAAGACGUGAAAUCAAGCGCAACGGGAAAAUCAUAUAUUCAACAAAUCAUUCUGAAGCUGCUCGUCACUUGGACUGCAGAUUGUCCAGCUGCAGUCCAGUGCUUUCUCGAUUCACGUCCACACCUAACGUAUCUGCUCGAACUGGUAUCAGACCCAGCUGCAACGGUAUGCAUAAGGGGCUUGGCAGCUAUUCUGUUGGGAGAAACCGUCGUUUAUAACAAAUUGAAGGAAAAUGGCAAAGACGCUUUCGCCGUAGUUGAUGCCAUAAGCCAGAAGACGGGGCUCACAUCAUACUUUUCGAAGAUUGAUGAGAUGCAGAAAAUUUCCCUGUUCUCGUCAUCCGAGAAGCCAUCACAGUCUCAUAAACCGUCAACAAGAUCAGCAGCGUUUAGCACAGAUGAGAUCGAGGAUGGGGAUGAGGCAGGUGUGACGGAUCACCCUAUGCUCUCAUCACUAUUCGAUGAUAGCUUUGUAGGCUUGGUGAAGAGCCUUGAAGGCAACAUAAGAGAGAGAAUUGUAGAUUUGUAUGGUCGGCCGAAAAGCGAGGUGGCUUUAGUACCAGCAGAAUUGGAGCAAAAGAGCGGAGAAAACGAGAAAGACUACAUCUACCGCAUGAAAGCCUUUAUAGAGAAACAAUGCUCUGAGAUGCAGAACCUUCUUGCUCGGAAUGCUACAUUGGCGGAGGAGCUGGCAAGGGCUGGUGGGAGCCAAGCUUCCCAAGGAUCAGAGCAAAGGGCAAGCACAGUAAUGGAGAAGGUUCAAAUGGAAACCCUAAGAAGAGAUCUACAAGAAACAACACAGCGUCUGGAGACGAUGAAGGUGGAGAAAUCCAAGGCUGAGUCAGAAGCAACUAAGUACAAGAACAUGGCAGAGAAAUUCGAGUCAGAUCUAAAGAGCCUGUCGGACGCAUACAACAGCCUGGAAGAAGCGAAUUACCGUCUCGAGAAAGUGAAAGGUGGAGAGCCGGUGGAUGUCGAAGCCAUAAAGGAAGAAGCGAGAGAGGAGAGCGAGGCCGAGCUGAAUGACUUGCUGGUUUGCUUGGGACAGGAACAGAGUAAGGUGGAGAAGCUAACAGCGAGGCUUAUGGAACUGGGAGAGGACGUUGACAAGCUCCUCGAGGGUGUCGGGGACGAGGCUGAGAUUCCAAGUGACGACAAAGAAGAAGAAGAAGAAGAAGACUGAUUUUUAAGAUAUAUAAUUUCAACGUCAAUAUCUCUCCGUCUCCUGAGGCGACCUCUACGUGUACUUUUGUACAGUUUGGUCAUUGACGGCUGCUGCCUAGACGUUGUCUGAUUUUCUGAUUUAAUUUAUUCGAUCAAACUGAUGAGACCGUCGAACGGGGAACAAGUGUGCAAUUAUGUGCCUUGUUCCUUUAUGGUUCCAUGAUAAUAGGAUCAUCCAUUCUCUGUAACGUGUGUGUUUUCAUAUGAAGAUGGUGUCUUGUUCCCAUUUUA